AUGGGCAAACCAACUCCCGCCCCUGCUUAUCGCGAUGACGCCGACGCUGUGUCAAUGCACACCACCCGUGGCGACUAUGAGUACGACGAUGUCCCCCAAAUUGCCGACCAGCCGCCCACCUACACCGACAGUGUGAGCGGCGAGGGCUCGGCCGCUGCUACUCCCAAGGCCUUCCCCACGCCCGGCAGCAACGUCCCCAAUGUUGCAGACGACUACGCCGUCAUCGAGCGUAACGGCCGUGCCUAUGCGUUCGGCAAGCCCAUCAACCAGCACGCCGUAACCAUCCGUAUGGACGAGCGCCUCACCGACCCCGACAACUUGUACAAGUACGUCACCGACUACCUGCGCCUGCUGCCGCCGCGGCCCGUGGUGCAGAUCCACGGCUACCACACCCAGACGGUGCGCCGGGGCGACAAGCGUGAGAAGAAGCAGGUCGUCGACUUUGACAUCCUGCUCAAUCUGCAGCACUUCCUCGGCAAGCCGCUUGAUCCCACCUGGUGGGAGGCCCGCACUGUCGAGAAUGGUGAACCCGCCCUGCGUGGAGGCUUCCGCAAGACGCGUGCCAAGGGCUACCAGCGUGAGCUCGAGGUCGGCGAGACGAAGCCGGACCUGUACGAGUGGUGCAAGGAGUACUGUGCCUCUCCAGCCAAGCUGAAAAUCUUCCGUGUCGAACGCACCAUCUCGGGUUUCGACGAGGCCCUGGUCCGUCAACGCAUCGAGGCUCUGAUCCGCUCGACGAACUACCGCGGGCACAUUCUGAUCUCGUUCCCGCUCGAGGACCGCGCCGUCGACAUCUACUCACCACAUGCCAUCAACCGCUGGCGCACCACGACUUGGAUCCGCUGGGUGUUCUACCUCAGCUUCCUCUGGAUCUUCACCUGGCCGCUGCUGUACUUGCUCACCCGCUGCUGGUCCGUCUACAAGGUCAACUGGGCCUUCUCCCUCGGUGCCGCGCCCAACGAUCCUCAAGGCCGCAAGCGCUACGCCACCCUUAGCGAGGAGCAGUGGUUCGCCAAGCAUCGUCGCGUCAUCAGGAGGCUGGUCAUGGACGGUCACCAGGGCGACGCGAGCCAGUUCGAUCUGGAAGACGAGCUGGAGGAUGGCAGGAACGCGAGGUUUGAGUCUAGCAACGCGCAUGUGAACCAGGCGGUCGGGUUUGUGCAGGCAGGCCUGGCGGGAUGGAAUGCGGUGCAGAGGGGCUUGGGCGGCGAUCCAGAUGGGUGGGGCGGUGAUUGCUGA